UUUCAUUAUAUUUUAACUCUGCAAUAAGUCAAUUUAAUACAUAAUCACGUUCUUUUUUAAUUGAAAAUUUAAAAAGAAAAAAAAAAUAUGAAUAUCCAAAUUUUUGGAAUAGCUAUAAUUUUAGCUUUUUAUACCACGAUUCCAAUUGAUGGUCAAUCGGUCAGUGACAUUUUAAAAUAUGAAUGUUCACCAUCUUCUGUUAAAAUAAAUUUUAAACCGCGAUCACCACAGCAUGAAGUGACACUUUCAACAGACUAUCGAAUUCCAGAGUGUGUUAAAAAAUUUAAUGCUGGCGAAUCAGCAGUAAUGGAAUUAAAUUUUGAAAAAUGUACAUCAGGGGCAAAAACUUUUCAUUUGAAUAUCAAUGAAUAUAAAGAAGGGGAAAUGGAUCCUUCAUUAUACAGCUUAGAAGUUAAGUGUUUAAAUUAAUAAUACAAAAGAAAAGAAAGAAUUAAUCAAUGUGGAAAUAAUUAACAUGAAUAUUUUAAUUGGUUUAAUCAUUGUCAAAUUUAUUAAACACAAUCGAGUUGCAUUUUUUAAAAUUUGGAAUCACAUAAUCGUUAAAUGAAAAUUUUUUUAAUUAUGUGAGGAAUUUUUUCUCAAAAACAAAAACACAUUAAUUACUCAAAACUAGUAGAGAUUUGGAGGAAUAAAAAUUUUGGAUUAUAUAAAAUGAUGAAAAAAUUAUAAAUUAAAAAUAUAACGAAUUAUUCCAAUUAAUUCAAUUAACUAACAUUCAUUCAUUGAUUUUCUCUAAUUAUUUGUAGAUAAUGAACUGUCUUGGUGUCGGUAAAAAUUUGUAAUGGAAAAAUGAAUAAAUUUUGCUUCUUGUUUGUUAAAAAUUACUUUUUUUCAUAGUUAAUUUAAUAGUCAACAUAAGUCCCAAUUUAAGCGCAGUCCCAUUCAAAUUUUACUCUGAAGUUAAUGGUGAAGUCUUUGGGACCCCUAGUAAGUGGUUUAGAUUAAACGACUAGUAGUAUAAUUUUUAAUUCGAAUAAUAAUUUUCUGCACAAAUGAAUCAUAGUGUUGUGAUAAAAAAAAUCAAUUUUUGUUUUAUGUACUGUCAUAAAAUCGUAUUACAAACAUCAUUAAUGCGUAUCCCAGCAAAAGAUACUUUAUAAAAAAUAAACAUCGAUCAAAUAAAAACAAAUUUUCUAAGCCUUUAUGUUUCCCAAUAUCUAUCCU